AUGGCGCAGGAUGUUAGCUUCCCGGAGCAGUGCCAUGGAUAUUGUUUCUCAGUACUCCAGCCAUUAAUCGAUCAUGUUCUCAAGUUAAAAGAGGCAACGGAUGACAAUGAUAAAAUGAAAGUCGAAAAGAUACACUCACUGGAGCUUACCAUUAACAAUUUGCAGAGUCAGCUACUAAAAAGUGAGACGGAAAUAAAAAACAAUGUGGAGCAAAUCAAGGUUAAAGACGAACAAAUCAAGCUGAAAGACGAUCAAAUCAAGCAGAAAGACGAACAAAUAAAGAAUCUCAGAAAGCAAAUCAUAGGGAAAGUAGGGGAAAUCAACGGGAAAGACAAAGAAAUCAUCGUGAAAGUCGAAGAAAUCAAGAAUCUCAGAGAGGAUGUGAAGAUGAUUUCGUCACUCAAUAGUGGCUCAGAUGACAUUUUUAAGAUGAAGGUCAAGGGAUGGACGGUCAUUCAACGGCGUAUCAACGGAAGUGUUGACUUUAAUCGCAACUGGACGGAUUACAAAAAUGGAUUUGGAGAUGAACGGGGAAGUUUCUUCCUGGGACUGGAAACAAUCCAUCUAAUGACCCUGGCCCAGCCUCACGAGCUGUACAUCCAACUUAGAUAUGUGAAUGGAACCACAAAAUAUGCUCGAUACGAUGAUUUCAAAGUAGGAAGCGAAAAUGAAGCCUACAAACUGAAAUCGCUGGGAGAGUAUUCAGGAACGGCCGGAGAUUCAUUUAGUUACCAUCUAGACAUGAAGUUUUCCACAUUGGACCGGGAUAAUGACCUGGCUGAGUCUUUCAAUUGCGCCAGUGCUCAUGCAGGUGGUUGGUGGUUUAAGAAUUGCUCUCUCAGGUACUCAUAUUUGUGAAUGUGAAUUCAGACGAAUUUAUCGUAUUAAUUUUCUUAUUGUUACAGUUCCCUCAAUGGAAAAUAUUAUGACGAUGGUAAAAGAACUCCCUCUCAAAAAUUCGGCAUUCAUUGGGCUACUUGGA